UAUAAUCAUUUCAACUGCAGUUAUAAACCAAGUUCAAGAUGGCAAGAAAGCGAGCUCAUGUGGGUCGAUCACCAAAGUCUAACGACAAUCAUCCUAAAAAAGAUCAAGAUGUGAUGUUAUCUCAGACUACACUCUCAUCCCUUCGUUUUCUUCUUCUUCUCGCGCUCAUGAUCGGUUUAUGUGGUUUCCUGUUUUAUCCCGAUAUUUCUAGACUCCUGAAGACUUUAUCUUCUCAAAGGGAUACGCUGAUUGAAUCGGGGGAUCCAGGUUUAACAGAAUCAGACCAGAGCAGUGAUUUAAUCAAAGGAGAUGCUGAACAAGACUCAGAAGAAGGAGAAGAAGAAGAAGACGAAGAAGAACCAGAAGAAGAAGAAGAAGAUGAAUACGACCUACAUGGUUUAGAAGACGACCCUGGAGACGCUGAAAAUGUGUUAGAGAAAGAAAAGGUCGCUGCUGAUUUAGAAUCAGCAGGGGAAGUACAGGAAUCGACGUUGGAACCUGAGGAGGGCGAAAUCGAAGAAGAACUCCGCCCUGGUCUAAAGUUUGAAGAAGUCCACUCUGAGCAUGACCCAGAACAUGAAGAAUUCUUUCUUGAGGAGGACGAAUCGAAUGGCCAUGAUUCAAAACCAGACGAAGAAAAACCGCCAGAGGAUUUAAUGGAAUCGGAGCUUGAAGCGAUGCAGAAAGAAACUGGUGAAUUGGAAGUUGAAGUCGUGGACGAAUUUGACGAAAGCUCUCUUGGACAGCCGGGUGAGGUUGAAUCAGGGUGGAAAAUAUCCGGUGAUGAAAGCAUCAUAAAGUUUGGUGGAAAUGGAAAAGAAUCGAUUGUGUUGACACCAGAGGAUAUUGAUGGUUCAACAAGAAAGCGCCCAACACAAUCUAAACCAAAAUCGUCCCAAAGUAAUGACAAACCAACUAAAUCUCAAAACAGCACGCCAUCAAAACACAACAAGUCGCCCAAAUCAAAUAAAGGCAAACCUUCAAGUAAUAAACAAAGCGAAUUGAAAUCAUCAAAAUCUAAACGGGAUGUCGCGUCCAAAACCAAGACGGACCCGAAUCUACCUCCAGAUUUCAAGGAUUUUAAAGCCAGUAUAGUUUCAACGAUUGAUCCCAAGAAAACAUUCAUUGAUGGGCGACGUGUACCAGCUGUGGAACUAUUAUCUCAAAAACCAAACAACAGCAGCGUCAAGGUUUAUCUUUUUGACGAGUUUUUAUCAGAAGUUGAAGCAGAAGGGUUGAUGAGAGCCCACGAUAAUCACGUGGCACAAGCUUCUCUUCACGACCCCUUUAUUUGUUUUGAUAGUAUUAAGACUCUGAGAAAACACCUGAAAGAUGCCCAGAAGAAAAUAAGAGUUACACCUAACGAUUUUAUGGAAGGAACAACUUGUGUUAAUGCGAGUUUUUCUUUGAAAUUAAAGAAAUGGUUUAAUGGUAACUGGAGUUAUAGUACUGCUUUUUAUCCGGGUGAAAGUCCAUUCUCUACCGUGUUGGAAAAUAGAAUCCAUAAAGCCAUGGGUUUACCUCCAUCUCAUGGUGGUAAAUUUCAACUUACGUCAUAUCCUGUUGGGAAAGCUUACAAGACCCACACGGAUUGUAUCGUAGAUGGAACGGAUAAAAGAGAUCGCAUGGCAUCAGUACUCGUCUAUCUGAACGAUGUAGCUGAUGGUGGAAAAACAGAAUUCCCAGAUCUGGGAAUCUGGGUAAAACCCAGAAAAGGACGGGCGUUAUUAUGGAAUAACAUGGAUAAGACGGGUAAAUGUGAGCCCGAGUCUCGACACGAGGCAUCCGUUGUUAAAAGUGGACAAAAAUACAUUCUUAUAAGAUGGUAUUAUCACAAGAAUUUUUACUCUCUGGGAAAACGACCACAGGAGCCUGUCAACCCAGUGAGGUCAGAAGGUCAACCAAGAGUAUCAUGUGAUGAAUAUAGCCAAGGCAGCUGUAGAUGGUAUGAUGAAUGGGGAUAUGAUCAUCUGAUAGAAUAUGAACGAAAUAAAUAUACUCUCAUGUGAA